AUGGAGUUAAACCAUGAGGUUUUAGCCGCAUCUAUGAAAGAUAAGCUCUCCAGGCUCGGGUGUGAAGUGGAGCGUCUAGUGACAGCUCAAUAUGCACACUCACUACAGGAAUUGCAUGAGCUGGUUCAACAUGCUUCUACCGCUUCUCUCUCCUCUUGGGCCGCUCAGAAGCCAUGUCAGCUUGGAGCCUUAGCCCACAUUGUCGUUGAUGGCCUAUCUCGUUCUAGUUAUGCUUUGCAUUUAGUUGCGCCCCUUGAUUUUGUUGUGCCCGCUUUCCUCCCACCCUUUGUUACAAAUCUCAUCAAUUCUACUGGUGAUAACCCGUGUGCCAAAUCGAUAUGGCCCCUUUACCAGAUUAUGACUGGUUUACAAACUGCCUCAAUAGUUCUAUAUGAGAUCCCUUCAGAGACAAUGUCUAGUCUUCAGAUGGAGCUAACAAAGACGCUACGCACUCUUCAUGAUCAAACAGAAAAUCUUCUUUGUCUUGCAACCUUUGGGCAAAUUGUAUCGUCUAAUACCGCUCAUGACCAAAACAACCAGGAUCAACUCCCACCGUGGUUACAAAAUAUCAAGUAUUUCUUUGGCCCCAAACGGGUCCUGAAGACGUUGGAACUUGUUGUUCUACGCGUAAUUCUUGCUUGUUCUUCCGGCUGUAGUAAUUUAACUGCCCAACAGUCGGCAAGGAGUAUCCGCAUAGCGAUUGAGAUUUGUGACAGUGUGGAACAGGAGCAGAGAGAAUAUUGGAUCAGCGUAAACCCGUCCAAAGCUGCCAAGCUUUGCGAGAAAGUGACAAGAAAUGGGAUCGACCGUGACGUGCAAAUUCUGGGCACGACGUUCCUAGUUUCUCCUGUCCCGGCUUCUGCAUUGCCUCGUAGUAUUCCGGUGAUUUCCGUUCAGUGGCUCCUGUCUGAGUAG